AUGGAAGUUUUCCAACCCCCGAACGUUGUACCAGAACCCCAUUACCCAGCUCCCCUUUUCGUUCAACUUGAAGUAACCAUCACCCUUAAACUCGAACGCAUCCAACAUUAUUGCUUAAUCGACGAGUACUACAUGGACACUGACGACGAACCUUUUUUCUCGGAAGAAACCGUUCGCUUCGACCUCCACCUUGUGAAAGACCAACGCCGGAUUACUGAAAUCCUCGGUUCCAUGCUAACAAGACUAGCAAUCCCGCCUUACUCCCGUUUGUUUAACGACGUCCUUGGUACACUUAUCCAACAUGGACUUAGACUCUCAAACUGUACGUCCAGCAUGGGCCGUAUAGUCUUGCCAUUACAUGCAUACCUACGGGGAGCUAUUAUGCUACAUUUUCAUUACGCUGAGCCGGAUAAUAUCCUAGGAGUUUGGUCAUUAUCGGAUUCGGAAUCAGAAUCGGAGUUUGAAACGAGUAACUAUGGCAUGCUUCCGGCGAAGGACUCAUCGGUUAAGGAGAUGCUGAAGAGAGUUGGAGUCAGAGGUGGAGAAGAUUGCGUGAUAUGUUUGGAGGAACUUGAGGUUGGAUCAGAUGCUUCUGAGAUGCCUUGUUUUCACACUUUUCAUGAGAAUUGCAUUAAAAAGUGGUUGAAGAAAAGCCAUCACUGUCCUAUUUGUCGGUUCGAGUUGCCGACUUAG